CAAGGCUUCUGUUCUACUUCCUGGUUUUCUGUGCAGUGGGGAAAUCUGUGGAACUGAAACACUGAGAUAGCAGAAUAGAAAAUCUAAAAACAGCAACUGAAAGAAUCAUGCUGGGCUACCACGGAGCGUAAAACCCAUGAGACACCAUCGAAGCAAAGGCACUAGCAAGACGAAGCAUUUGCAGUGACUUCUUUCCGGAUUCCGACAGCAAAAACACACGCCGGUCUGUAGCUGUCGAGAUGUAACUAUGGACAGCAGGAUAAACGAGAAUCCAGAAAGAACCUUUGACCUGGCAGUACAGGUGGAAUGUCCUACCACUGAAAAUGAAGAUCCAGCGGUGUUGUGGAAGUUCCCGGAGGACUUUGGAGACCAGGAAGUCCUGCAAAGUGUGCCAAAGUUCUGCUUCCCCUUUGACGUUGAAAGAGUUUCCCAAAACCAGGUGGGACAGCAUUUUACCUUUGUGCUAACAGACAUUGAAGGCAAACAGAGGUUUGGGUUCUGCCGGCUGACGUCGGGAUGCAAGGUCUGCAUCUGUAUACUAAGUUAUCUCCCAUGGUUUGAGAUUUACUAUAAGCUGCUAAACACUUUGGCAGACUACUUAGCAAAACAUCAGGAAACUGACUUGAAUGAUAUGUUAAAAUCAUUGUACAACCACCCAGUGCCAAAGCCAAGAACUCCUGUCAGUCUCAGUGUGAAUGAGCAGUUGCACAUUGCCACUGGGCAGGUUGUGAAACAACAGCAAAGCCAGCAGCCGCAUUCAUACUUCGUAGCUCCUGAUAUUAACGGACUUCCCACAAUUCCUGAAAGUAGAAAUAUUACUGAAUACUUUGUUGCUGUGGAUGUUAACAACAUGUUGCAACUCUAUGCCAGUAUGCUGCAUGAACGGCGCAUCAUCAUUACCUCAAGCAAGCUAAGCACUUUAACUGCAUGUGUUCAUGGGUCUGCUGCCAUGCUGUUUCCAAUGUACUGGCAACACAUUUACAUCCCUGUGCUUCCUCCACAUCUCUUGGACUACUGCUGUGCCCCUAUGCCAUAUGUGGUUGGAGUUCAUCUCAGUUUGUUAGAGAAAGUCAAAAGUAGAUCGCUGGAAGAUGUAGUUAUCCUAAACGUUGAUACAAACACUCUGGAAACGCCAUUUGAUGACCUGCAAAGCCUGCCUAGUGACGUGGUCUCCUCACUCAAAAGUAAGUUGAAGAAGCAGUCCACAGCAACAGGCAGCGGAGUUGCCAGGGCCUUCCUGAGGACUCAGGCCGCGCUGUUCGGAUCCUACAGAGAUGCCUUGAGAUACAAACCUGGAGAGCCAGUCACCUUUUGUGAAGAAAGUUUUGUAAAUCACCGGUCUAGCGCAAUGAGAAGUUUCCUGGAAAUGGCUGUAAACCUUCAACUUUUCAAACAGUUCAUUGAAGGCAGACUAGCAAAAUUGAACGCAGGAAGGGGCUUCACAGAUAUCUUUGAGGAGGAAAUCACGGAAGGUGGUUUUUGUGGAAGCAACUCUAGGUCUUAUCAACAAUGGAUGCAAACAGUUAAGAAAGGUGGUGCUUUUAUUAACACUGCAGUAAACAAAGCAAGUCCAGCAAUGAAAACUGCCUAUAAAUUUGCCAAAAGAAAUGCCAAGCAAGGAAUAAAGGAGGUGAAGAGCAUGUUAAAACAAAAGGAGGCUGAUGAAGGAGAUCUAGCUCCUUGUUCAGGGUCUCCAACUAGUACUAAAAGUCUAUCACCAAAAAGAGUCAGGAAGCGAAAGAACUAUUACAAAAAAACAACCAUAAUUAUGGGCUGUCCAGACUUUGCAUUAGAUGAAGAUGAACUUGAUACAGCAAGCAAGAUUUCUUCAGAAGAUAGUGGAGAACUCCAUUCAUAUAAUGGUGACAGUGAUGACUCGGACUCAAAUGAACUGAACGUGGACACACAGCACUCUGGUCAGAUGGACUUGCUUGGGGAGAUUUUAGACACCCUAAGCACAAACAGCUCUGAUCAUGGAAAGCUCUCGGGAGCCAAGAGCUUAGAUUUCUUCAGAUCAAUGGAUGAUAUUGACUACAAGACUGCGAACAAAUCGAACACACCUAGUGAGAGUAACCUUACCCAGUUCUGCACAGGUGAGAGCGAACAAAGGGGUUGGAAUCUGGGGCAGGAUGACAGUGCGCUGCAUGGGAAGCACUUACCCCCGUCCCCAAAGAGGAAGAGUUGUGGGGGCCAGAGGGACUUUUUGCACAUAGUCACUGAAGAAAAGAGCGUGUUGCCUUGCACUCUUCAAAAUCAGGAUUUGCCAGAAAUCACUGUUAACUUUGCUUCACCAGCGGAUUCUCAGGAUGUUUCCUGUAGUAUCGUCCGCAGAAAUGUGCUACGCAGACAAACACUAAAAUCCCACCCAGAAAAUGCCCUCCAAGAUGAGCACGGCAAACGGACAGCGCGGCAGCCAUCGAUUUUAGUGCCAUGGGAGAAGGGAGACACCCAGGAAGAAGACCUCGUAGUUAGAAGAGAUGAAAAGGGUCUCUUGGAAGAGAUUGAGUCUGUAUACCACCUGAGUUCUGCUUUUCACACUGAUCUACAGAUUUCAGAGGUUAACAGUAAGCCUAGAGAGGAGAUAUGAUUAUGCCACAGAAACUUUAAGGUUAAGGGAAAUAUUAGCUUUAUAUACCCAGAGUCCCUAAGGCACAGGGAACUUAUUAACAUAUUUUCUUCCAUCUCAUUACAUUUUUAGUUUCUUUAGCUUAUUUGCAUUUAUCCCCUCUGGAUGAAGAACAUACUGUAAUUAAUAGAUGUAGCAAACGCAUCCUGUACUGUUGAUAUUGAUACAAGAGGCUUCUCCAGAAAAUUCUGAUCUUGAAACAAGCUAGUUUACCUAUUGGCCUUUAGAUGGAAGUUAAAACUUCAAAUGAUUUUGAAUUGAGAUGUUAGCACAGAACAAAAAAUCUUCCUCUCUUUCAAAUGGAAAUAUGUUUUAGUACACUAUCAUUAAAAAUAAUAAUCAUAUUGCAAGAUGCUGAAAAGGGAUUUUUUUCAAUUAGUGUGUACAUUUUCAUUUUUUUAAAUUUUAUUUCCAAUGUGUUCAUUAUUUCUAUGUCUUUCAGAGUUUUAAUUUAUACUGUAUUUUCAUUUGCAAAAGAUUAUUUUAACGAUUUUGAAGCGGUACAAAUUUAUGUCUGUGUUAUGCCUGAGCAGUCUUGAAAUGGGAAGUGAUCUUAAUAGAUCUAAGAUGCUAUUAAAAACAAUUAGGUUGUGUUUUCUAUACAGAUGAAAUUAUGAAAGACCAUACUAGAUAAGCCAUAAGAUAAUGCCUUAAAGUUUAUAAUCAGCUGAAAUAACAACACAGUGUUAUUUCUGCAUAUUAGAUUUAGGACACUUUAAUCUAAUUUGACGUUCAGGACAACCUGUAUUUAUCCUGUUGUGAUGCUUUUCUUCAGUUGUCCUAAAGUACAUUUGUAUGUACAUCUAAUGAGAAAUAUUCACAAUAGAUGUAUAACAGUGAUUAGUUAAUAUUAAAAAUGGUUUUCCGGUGUAUUUCUCAGGUUGCAUUCUUCUGUUGUGGCACCAUCAGCCUUGGUUGUUUCACCCCAUCAGUAGAUAAACUAGAAAAUACAUGUUUGAGCAAGUGUAGUUAUAACUGAAAGGCGCAUUUCUCUUCCAGAGUGACCUUCCAUGAGUUCUUUUAGGUCUCUUUGUCAUACUCCUCUGUUUCUUUGGAGAAAAAAGGCCGUCAUUCUAUUUAAUGUGCCAUCCCAAACCUUGAGUGGAAAUAGCAACUUAAAGAAUUAGUUCUCAGGAAAGGAAUGCCUCAUUUUAUUAAUUUGUUUAGACGUUGUCCUGCUGAAUUUCUUACUAGUGAAUAUAUCUUCAAGAGGCAAUUUAUAGUCAAGUUUAUAUAGUCAAGAGGCAAUUUCCUAUGACCUUGAUAUACAUUAACUGCACACAAUAUCACUUUCUGCAGUAGCAAAAUGAUGCACUUCCUGAAGUGCUAGAUUUUACUACAAUGAGCAAUGUUUGAGACACAAUAAGACAGCAGCAUUGUGCAGACACCAGCUUUUUUUAAUGAAGUAAUCUCCUAUGGAGAAGAUACGACCUACAGUUAUUUCCACUAAAUGUGGUUUUGGAGUUAAUCCGCUUGCACUGCACAUUUGGAUGGCAAAAUGUUUGCUUUCAGUGAAUUAAUUAAUGUUACAUACCAUAAGACACUUGAACUGUAAUUUUGCAGCCUUUAACUGUAAUUUGCCAGCCUUGUCCCUUAAUUACUGAGUUGAAGGAGAUAUUUUAAAGUAAACAGAUUCUCUUAAAUAGAUGACAUUUGUCCAUAUUUAAUUUUAGUUUUCUAACGUAGCUGUAUAUAUCAUAGUCUUUUUUGUCCCUUUAUAAAUUUAUGCUUAUGAUUGAAGCAACUGUUCAACAUGCAGGAUAAAUAGGUCAUGACUUUGGUCUGUUUUCAUAUCGGCUCUGGGCUGAAAUAGUGAGAACACUGAUGUGGAAUCAUGUUUCAUCUUCUUCAGAUUUUCAAAUUAUCUGGUUAUGUGAGAAAACAUAUAAAAAAACAGUUCUGAACUUAUUGACUAAAACUUGUGAUGACCUCUACUUUUUAAACCUUCAGCCAAUGAACAGUGUCAAGGGCAUUUCCUGGCAACAUCAGUAAUUUCACUAUAUGGUCUGACUGUAGUCUUCGCUUACAAGGUGACAUCUUCCAAAAUAUGGAAUUGUGAAAAGAGCUUUAAAGAAUAUUUAUUUUAAAUCUUCAGUUACACUUGCCAUGAACACUAUCUGGUCGUUUAGUAUAUGUAACUGUCUUUGUGUGAUGGAGAAGAUUGAGAACAAUAUAUUUAAUCAAGACCCAUUUAGAAUAAAAUGAUUCAAUAAUAAGCAUUAUUCUAAUAAAAUAAUCCUGCCCUUUGUUUCAACAUUAAAGAACCUUUUGAGUAGUAUGUUUUUAAUUAUAACGCACAGUGUUUGCACUGUAAGUUGGUAGAAGUAAGCUUGAUUCCUCCUUUUUAAUUUAUUGUUGGUUUUUAUUUUAGAAGUCUUAGUGUUCUUGUCAUUAUUUAUGUUGCUACACUAAUAUUGUGAUUGUAGUCAUAAUGAUUUCUCACUGUAAAAAUGUCCUAUUGCUUUGUUUUCAACUGUGUUGAAACAUCCAGUAUUUCUGAAUUGUGUUUGAAAAGUAUUCUUAUGAAAGGCAUAAUACUGUAAAUGCAAUAGAUACAUCGGUGUUGUAUCUGUUGUUACAAUUAAGGCUUAAUGUGUGCCUUAUAUAAGUUUUUAUCAUAAAAUACAAAUAUCUAUAUAUAUAUAUGCCAAUAAAGACCUACAAUGAAUGAUGCUAUUUGAUGCAAAUAUGAUGGUAGUCUUCCAACGCUUUACUUUUAAAAGAUCAAUUAUGAUUUCUUUACAGUUUUAUUUUCAAUUUUAAUAGGUUUGGAUCAAUAGUCCAUAUUUGUGCAAUCUAGUUUGGAAUGCCUAAACAUAAAUGAUAAUAUUUGUUUUUAUAGUAGCUUUAAACCCGACAGGAGUAUGCGAUCCAUUUUUUUAUGUCUGUACUUCAGUCUGGAUCAUACCAGUAUGUUACAUUUUAUAAUGUUCUUCAUAUUAUUUUGAGGUACCAGGUUUGUGGUUAAAUCUAAUAACGUUUUUUUUCUCGUUUGAUGCAAAUCUGUAAAUAGUGCCAGAUAAAUGUUUUCUGUUUUGGUGCUUUUUUUCGCAACCAUCUCAUUGUGUUCCAUUAGGUUAAUAUAUUGUCAGUUUUAUGUAUUGAGCAUUAUUGUUAUUGUAUCUCUAAGAAAGGAAGGUGUGAGUCAGACUUUGCUUUUCCAACAUAAACAACUCUUGUGUGAGUGAGGUUCAGUUUUAUGAAGAAAAGUAAAGACUAAUUUCCCAGAUAUGUGUAUAUGGUUUACUUCAACCAGAUUUCUCAGUUAAAUAUUCUUUGGGUAGGGUACCUUUUUUGCCAACGGAAGUAAGAUUCAGCUUAAAUUGUUAAUUCCAUAACACAUUUUAGCAUUUGUUGUCUUAAAAAAUGAACACCAUUAAAUUAACUCAAUGUUUAUAAAAAUACUUAAGAUAAAAGACUGAUUUAUUGCCGCUCUAGUAUUACCCUUUAUAGCUGUUGUGUUAACGGUUUUAAAAAUGUCCAGGUUAAUAUUUGUCUUAUCAAAAGUAAGUUUAAUUGUGCUUAUUGUGUAUACAAUCACAAUUUAAUGUUGCUUUGCUGAAGGUUAUUGCUGUAAUUGAAAAAUUUGUACUUUUGUCUGCAUGUUUUUGACAUUGUACCUCUAUGCUUCAUUCUUGGUCAUACCUUGGUUGCCUUUACUCCUUAAAUUUUUAAUCAUAACAGUUCCUGCUUGUGAAAAAAAAAACAUUUUAAAGCAUUGUGGAAAAACAAUGUGAAAUAAUUGCCCUUGGCCAGAUGCACUCUCUCACUUCUUCUGUGAACUUCCAUUUUUCAGAAGUAUUUUUCCUGAGUUUGGAAAAACAAGACCCUGGGCACCCACAGUUUUAUAUGAGCAAAUUAGCAAGCUGAUAAGUAAACAGCAACAUGCAGACCAUAACAACUCAUUUUAAACAAUGCAAUAAUAUUUUCCCUUUUUUACAUAAGCUGUUUUAUUACCAGAUCUGAGUCCCUGGACAUUCUAAAAUGUACAUUUUAUAAAUUCCCCAUUGUAGGCUUAAAUUUUUUGUUGUUGUGUGCAUAUAGUUUAUGAUUCUGUUUUAUCAUUAUGAAUUACUCUCAUUGUGUUUUGUGGUCUCCUUCCAAGGUUCCUGUCUUUCCUGGAUUUUUACUGCUAAAUGUUGCUUACCUGCUUUAUGCAGCCCUAUCGUCCUUGCAACUUAAAAGCGAAAACUAGCAUUUUUUCUUCUGUAAUUCUGAUUUUUACUGAAUAUCUUUAUAGCUGGAGUACAUUACGAUCACUUUAUGGAUAAAUGUCUACUUGACACAAUAUCACAAUAUGAGAAAUUGUCUCAUUUGAAAACGUUCUCAUUUUUCAAUAUUAGGUUCACAAUUGCUAAUAAUAAUGCUGGGUCAGAAAAAUAAAUUGUUCCGGUUGCCUCAUAUUUCAAGGUACAUUUUAUAAUCUUGAUCCUAAGAACCUCUCGAACGAGGUACAAUGAAUAUUUGCAUUUGAUCUGUAACAUUCUGAUCAUUUAGAUACAAUAUUACUGUUUCUGUGUAAUCAGUGUACAAGGUGAUAUUGAGAUUUGUAAGUUCAUGAAGAAAAUCUAUGAUUGCUAAGAAUAUUUGUUGCAUAUCAAUGAUUACUUCACACACAGUGCUCUCUGAAAUAAAUGGUGUUAGAAGAUUGUACUGUACACAUUUUACAUAAAUUUAAAAUGAACAAACUUUUUUGAAAGGUGGACAUUCACAGCUAUGCUGAAUUACAGUGCUGAUAUUAAGUACUGAUACCAGUUCUUUCAUUUUUUUGACACAUGCAUGCUCUGAUUUGAGAGUAGACAAAUAUAUACAGUGUCAUCUCUGAUGUACUGUUGUAUUUAAGGGUACAAAAAUUAACUCUGUCCUAAAGGUGCUCACUGUGAACUUUGUAAAAAAUAAAUUUUGGAUGCUUAA